AUGGAAGAAGACUACAUGCCUCGGAUAAAUUCAAAUGGAACAAAUGGAUACAGACCCUCGGAACGAAAUAUGGAUUACGAUUAUGAACAACGAUUAAAAAUACGACUAGGCUCAUGGAAUAUAAGGACUCUAUUGCAGCCUGGUAAAAUGAUGGAAGUCGCUCAGGAACUAGAAAGGUUCAAAUUUGACGUAGUUGCGCUGCAAGAAAUGAGAUUCAAAAAUCAAGGCAAAAUAGAGAAAAGAAAUUUUGAUUUGUAUUACUCAGGAAAAGAUGACAAACAAGGACAUGCGGGUGUGGGCUUUUGGGUAAGCAAAAAAUUCAAAGAUAAGAUACUCGGAUUCACCCCAAUAAAUGAACGUAUAUGUAAAAUAAGACUAAAAGGAAAAUUCAAUAAUCUGACUCUAAUUAGUGUUUAUGCACCCACUGAAGAUGACGAAGAAAUUAAUAAAGAUGUUUUUUAUAAUAAAUUAGAAGACGUUUGUGGAAGAGUAAAUAAAUAUGACACCUUAAUGAUUAUGGGGGACCUGAAUGCGAAAAUUGGUAAAGAAGAUUUUCUAGGAAAUGUGGCAGGCCGUCAUACAUUACAUGAAGAAACAUCACCAAAUGGGCUUCGACUUUGCCAAUUAGCUGAAAGCACAAAUACUUAUAUUAUGAGUACAUACUUUAACCACAAGAAAAUUCAUAAAGGUACGUGGAAAAUCCCUGGGACGAGUAAUACAAACCAAAUUGAUCACAUCCUGAUAAAUAAAAGAAGAAUAUCGUCGUGUGAAGAUAUUAGAGUAUAUAGAACACCCAACUGUGAUAGUGACCACUACAUAACGGUAGUAAAAUAUAAACAUAGAAUAAGUAAAUGUGGACGAGUGGCUAGAACACGACAAAAGAAAUGGGAUAUUGAUAAAUUAAAGAAUGAAGCCUACAAAGAAAGAUAUAAAUGCGUAUUAAAUAAUUUUAUUGAAUCUAUUGAAUCUAAUGCAGUUGAAGAAAAUGUUGACGAAAUGUGGAAUAAUACCAAAGACGCUAUUAUACAAGCUACCGAAGAUGUUAUAGGUGAAAAACAACAUAGACGAAAUGAAGAUUGGUUUGACGCAGAUUGCGAGAGAGCUAUAAAGGAAAAAAAUGAUGCGAGAGUUGCAUGGAUGCAAAGAAAAACUAGAGCGGCACAAAAUGAAUAUAAUUCAAAGAGAAAAAUAGCUAGUAAAAUAUGCAGACGAAAAAAGAGAGAGUCAAUAAGAAAUAGAUUCAUACAAAUACAAAAUGACUUCAAUGAAAAAGAAACUAAAAGGUUUUAUAAAAAGUGUAAACAAGAAAGACGAGCCUUUCAGCCUAAAUUGACGAAUAUAAAAAAUAAAAAUGGAAUAAUGUUGUCUGAAGAAAUGGAAAUAUUAAACAGAUGGGAAGAAUAUUUUAAGGACAUGCUAAACCCAAAUGAUGAUGACGAAAUAAACAUAGAACACACAAAUAAUAUACCUGAAAUACCCAGUGAAUGGAAUAUUGGUAUAAUUUUACCAAUUCAUAAAAAAGGGGCUAAAACGGACUGUUCAAAUUAUAGAGGAAUAACGCUAUUAAAUACUGCUUAUAAGAUAUUAGCAAAGGUAAUUGCCGAAAAAUUGACAAUCUACGCAGAGCAAAUAAUCCCAGACUAUCAAUGCGGUUUCCGGCCAAACAAAUCAACCAUUGACCAAAUAUUUAGUAUAAGACAAACAAUGGAAAAGUGCGCUGAAUUUAACAUGGACUUGCAUAUGCUAUUUAUAGAUUUUAAACAAGCUUUUGACUCGGUAAAACGUGGUAUAAUAGAAAAUAUUUUUGACGAAUUGAGAAUACCUAAAAAACUGACGAAUUUAAUAAUGAUGACACUGCAUAACACAAAAGCAAAAGUUUUGGUACAAAAAUCUUGUACAAAUAUAUUUGACAUCACAUCUGGAGUUAAACAAGGAGACGAAAUAUCAACCAUCAUAUUUAACCUGACCUUACACUACGCGCUAAGGGACCUACAUAUCGAAGGUAAUAUAUUUACGAGGCCCUACCAGAUUUAUGCUUACGCUGAUGAUAUCGCCAUAAUGUCAAGAAGUAAACGUGAUUUAAUUGAAAUAUUUACAAGGCUUGAUCAACAGACUCGAAGAAUUGGAUUGAAAAUAAAUGAAAAUAAAACAAAGUACAUGAUAGUAUCGAGAUCAAAUACAAGAAGAGUGGCGCAAAAUAUUACUAUUAAUGACUACAAUUUCGAAGGUAUAUAUAAAACAAUUCUGAGACCAAUUCUAAGUUAUAGUUCCGAAACUUGGACAUUAUCACAAAGUGAUAUAAAUGGUCUAAGAGUUUUUGAACGAAAAAUGUUGCGAAAAAUAUUUGGGCCGAAAAGAAACGAAAAUGACGAAUACGAAAUUAGAACGAACCAGGAACUGAUGGAAUUAAUUGGCAAUGAGGACAUUAUUGGAUAUAUAAAAUCCCAAAGACUGCGCUGGGCGGGGCACUUAUUCAGAAUGAACUCUGAUAGAGCUCCAAAAAGAAUUUAUGACGCAAGGCCCCUACUCAACAGAUCAAGGGGCAGACCGAGGUUAAGAUGGAAAGACGAUGUGAUAAACGAUUUAAACAAAUUACAAGUUAACAACCUAAUUAACGCAGUAACGGACCGAGCAGAAUGGAGGCGGAUAGUCAAUCAAGCUAAGGCUCACGUCGGGCUUUAA